GCCGGAGAUGGCGGCCGGCGGGGCCGGCGGAGCGGGCCCGACGGAGGGCUGGUGCUGGCGCAGCGAGGUGCGGCUCGGUCUUGAUGGAGUCGGGCGAGGGUGGACGCAGAACGUCGUCGCGGCUACGUCGGGCCAGACCUUCCUCCGGGAAACAAAGGACGUUGUGCUCAACGUCGGAGCGCAUAACGCGCUGAAGCGCGUCGAACUGCCACUAUUCGCGUCUACGCCAAUACGGAACGUGUCAGAGUCUUCGACAGGCUUUGUGUUCAACGCCGGCGGGCCGGUAUGGGGCCUGGACUGGUGCCCAUAUCCGGAGCGCCUGGCGGCCGAGCGCGGCUGGCCGCUCUACCUCGCCGUCAGUACACUGCCGCAGGACGCGGCAAUUGGCAGUCGCUGCGCACCAGAAACGCCCGGUGCUAUCCAGAUCUGGUCUGUUCCCGCGGCUGGGGACUCGACGCCGACAUGCGAGGUCGUGCUGUGCUUCGAGGGGGGGCCAGCAACCGAAGUAAAGUGGAUGCCGCUGGGCGCAUGGGACGAACCAGACACGGCGAGCCCGAAGCUUGGCAUCGUCGCUGCCGUGCAGCUUGACGGUAAUGUGGGCUUCUACUCCGUCCCGGAGCCACAAGCUCUGCGCGCAGAGGUCGGAGCCGAGGGACCGAUCUACAUCCAAACCACCGCGCUACUCAAGAUCAGUGUUCCCGACGCCAGCGUGACAUGUACGGACUGGUUGAGCGGCUCUCGUCUCGUGACUGGCCUCUCAAAUGGCACCAUCGCGGUCUGGGAGGUCGACCUCACAAACCCGGAGCCACCUCUGCCUUCGAGCAUAACGACUAUAGGCCUCGGCCCAGUCCGCUCGCUCGCGGCCGGACGCGUACCCCCGACAACGUCGAACGGCGAAUACGACUACACUGGUGACUCGGUGUACGUAGUGUCCGCGACGUGGGAGGGGACGAUUAGCCUUACCGACUUGCGCGACCCGGCGGGCACUCUGGAGGUCAAUCGAUCACGCCUCCCCGUAAUGGCGGUUGCGUGGUCAUCACAAGCUGCGACACCGCUCUACGCCGACGUCGACUACAUGAUCACAGCGUCGCAGCUGCGCAACGACGGACCGAGCACGCAUCUGAUGGCCCCACACCGCGGCCCAGUCUGGUCCAUCGCGACAUCAGACUACCACCUGAUGGUCGCCUCGGCGGCCUCAGACGGCGCGCUCAUCCUCUCCUCCUUCGCACUAGGCUUCUACCGCCGCAAGCUCGCCGGACUCCUCUAUUACCGCCUGUACGAGCUGGACUGGGACGAGGUGUCGGGCGAGUACCGUAUGGUGGACGACUUCAAGCCCGAAACGAGCGGCAUCGAGGAGGCGAUCAAGCAUGCAGGGAAGAAGAAGAGCUCGGCCAAGGACGCACAAAUGUGGGCGCCGGAGAAGGGGGACGUGCAGACCAUCAAGACGGCAGCUUGGAACCGCAAUGUGGGCAUCCAUCGCGCGGUGUGGCACACUGGUGCUGGAAUCGGAAACGCAGGCUGGCUCGCGAGUGGCGGCUACAGCGGGAUUGUGCGCGUCGAGGUGAUCACGGCACGACUGCUGCGGUAGGCUGUUAAUGAAGCAAGUUUUGCGCGGGCAGAGGCGUAGCCAGACCGAGAUGCAUUGUAUUGAGC